CAAAAGACUUUCGAUGUAAGUUGUCAUUGCGCAAGUUGAAUUCUUGUUACAAACUUUUUAAAGUUGUAAAGAUUGUAUUUUAAGCCUCACUAAUGGGUGGAUCUCUUUCGCGAAGUCCAAAGCAGAAGUCCAAGAAAAAAGUUGAAAUGGAUGGUUCGAUCGAUCGGCCCAGAAAGACCCCCAAAGCUGUCAAAGGUAAAAAGAAAGAUGAACCGCCGGGGCAAGCCGAAAGGACAGGUCAAGAAACUCUCGAUAUGGAAAGGAAAGAUAGUAAGAUAUUUUGGAUUUCGCAUGUGUCAAAGAGAACUAAUUCUCAAGACGAUAUUAAGGCACAGACAUUGGUGGACAGCAAAGCAAUUUCCAAACCAACGGGGGAGUUAAGCCCCCUAGAAGGGAAACACAGUGGCAAGCAAAACGCUGUUGUGUCAGGUCUGAAAAAGAACAACAAAGGGAAGAACUCAAAUGGAGCGAAUUUGAAUGGCUACUUGAGUGAAAAGAAAUGCAAUAGCGUGGUAUUGAAUGGUUCACAUGUCUUUGGGGAAGAAAAACAAGAUCUGGAGGACUCGAAUUCCAGUGUAGUCCCGCAAUCUCCAGGUCUGCUUCCGGGGCAGACAAGCGGGAGCAUUGAUGCAUCACAUUUAAUCUCUGUAAAUGAACUGUAUAACUAUUUCUGGGAUGGAGGUCUAAACUGUAGCAUUUUCGAUCCCUCUUAUAUGCUUCUCGUAGACGCUAGACCUCGAUCUGAAUACGAACGAGGUCAUAUAAUAUUGGCGCACUGUGCAGCAUCUCUGUACAAUGACUUGCUUACUUCUUCCACAUUUGGGUAUGGGUACAUGGCCAGUAGUGGCGAACAAGCCAUUGCCAACAGUCUUAGCGAGUAUACUCACCUAAUUGUGUACGGAAACCCUGUUUUAGACACUAAAAGUGGAGAUCUACCUGAAAUAAAACUCAUGAGAGAGCUCAUGAAUUAUGAGUUGGUAGAGCCUAUGUUGCUAGCUUCAGGUUAUGAUUGUUUUAAUCAAACUUGGCCCUUCAUGUGCACAGCAAAGGAACUUACUAUUCGGCAUGACCAUAAGGAAAUCACACCAUAUCCAUCCCUCAUUUUGGAAAACCAGCUCUAUUUAGGCCGAGGAGUGCAAGCUACUAAUGAGAAGAUAUUAUUGGACCUCAAGCUCACACAUGUUGUAAACAUUGGUAGUGAGCACCCCUCACCUUUCACUGAUCACAUUCAGUAUCUGAAUAUUAAGCUUGAUGACAGUCCUUCUAGUGAUUUAAAACUUUAUUUUACAAAGGCGUAUCAUUUCAUAGAUGAUGCCUUGUCAACUGGUGGGUGCAUUCUUGUGCAUUGUAAUCUUGGUGUAAGCCGCAGCUCAACGGUUGUCAUUGCAUAUCUGAUGAAGUCAAGAGAAUGGAGCCUUAAAAUGGCUUAUGACUUUGUCAAGGAUAGAAGACACUGUAUUCAGCCGAAUCGUGGAUUUUUACGGCAACUUGGUGACUGGGAGAAAAGUGUCUUAGGACAUAAAGAAACAGAUCCUGAUGAUUUGUGGUUUUAGCAGCAACAAUGUGCUA